UAUCGUUAGGAAAUGAAGACAUUACUGCUGUAUUUAACCGGUUUGGUUCUGUACAGUGCCGGUCAACAACUCCCUGAAAAGGACUGGUGGGAGACGGCACUGUUCUACCAGAUUUACCCGCGAUCAUUCUACGACACCAAUGGGGACGGAGUUGGGGACAUCAAAGGUGUAACGGCGAAGCUGCAGUACCUGAAGGAUACGGGAAUCGAUGCGACCUGGUUGAGCCCGGUGUUCAAGUCUCCGCAACGGGACUUUGGAUACGAUGUGAGUGAUUUUAUCGAAGUGGAUGAGCUGUUUGGUACUAACGAAGACCUGGAGGAGCUGUUUGCCGAGGCGAAGAAGUUGGGGAUCAGAAUCAUCUUGGACUUUGUGCCGAAUCAUUCCAGUGUGGAGCAUUGGUGGUUCAACCAGUCGGAGCUAGGAGUGGAACCGUACAAGGAUUACUACGUAUGGCAUCCGGGUAAAAAGAUUGCAGGUCAGGAAAAACCGGACGUUCCGAAUAACUGGAAUUCCGUUUUCUACGGUUCGGCUUGGGAGUGGAGUGACAUUCGAAAAGAGUACUACCUGCACCAGUUCGAGGUAAGUCAACCGGAUUUAAACUACCGAAAUGAGAAAGUUAUUGCAGAAUUUGAUGAGAUUCUACGCUUUUGGCUGGGAAAAGGCGCGUCCGGAUUCCGAGUGGAUGCCAUCAACCAUAUGUUCGAAGAUGAACUUUUCCGGGACGAAACGGUGGUUGAUCCAUCCGAUCCAUUGAGCUACGGUUACACCAAUCACAUGUACACAAACAGCUUGUUGGAAACCUACGAUGUGAUCGGUCACUGGAGACGUGUCUUGGACGAGUUUACAGAAGAAAACAGUCGUGAAACUAUAAUCAUGAUGACCGAAGCCUACACCAGUAUGGAUAUGAUCAUGCGGUUUUACGAGUCGGACGACGGGACCGAACAGCGAGCUCAUUUCCCGUUUAACUUUGCCAUGAUCACGGAACUGGAUGCCGGAUCCAAGGCUCGGGACUUCAAAUUCGUCAUCGAUCGAUUCCUGGAAAACAUGCCCCGUGGAAAGGUCACCAACUGGGUGCUGGGAAACCAUGAUCAACCACGCGUUGGCAGUCGGUACGGACGGGAGCGCAUUGAUGGAAUGCUAUUGAUGUUGCUGACGCUGCCUGGCGUCGCCGUAACCUACAACGGUGAGGAAAUCGGUAUGCUAGACUUCCGAGACAUCUCCUACGAAGACAGUCGCGAUCCACAGGGAUGCAACGUGGGACCCGAAGAGUACCAAUGGAAAUCGAGAGACCCCCAGCGUACUCCUUUCCAGUGGGAUGAUUCCUACAAUGCAGGAUUCUCCUCGGCCAAUAGGACUUGGUUGCCAAUUUACCCGUACUUCCGUCAGACAAACCUUCGCAAACAAUGGGAAGCGGACUACAGUACGUACAAAUUCUAUGUGGACGCCGUAAAGCUACGCAAGAAUCCCGUCUUUUCCCACGGUCACUACAAAUCGCGAGCGCUGGCCGAGAACGUGUUUGCCUUUGUACGUUACAUAAAACCGCAGCAAGAUCCAAGUGGAAUCUACGAUGACCACUACUUCAUCACCGUUGUGAAUCUGGCCGACGAAGUCACGACCGUUGAUCUGGGUUACCUCUAUGAAGUGGGCAACAGUUCGGUCGUGGUUCGCUUAACUGGAACGGAGUCUCUGUAUAGAGUCGGCCAAGGUGUGAAUCCGUACAGCGUGACUUUGGGUCCGUAUGAAUCGCUAGUCAUAGCAGAAUCGACAGCGGCGACCAUUCGGGCAACGAUUACACUGGUUGCGUUAGCGAUAAUGAGGUAUCUGUUUCUGUAAUUAUCGCGGAAAA